CAAUUUAUGCUUAGAUUUAUUUCAAAAUUAAAAUUUUUUAAACCUGAACUCUGCAUUUCAAUUAUCGGAAUUCGUUGAAUUCACAUAUCGAUUUUCUAUCGCUUCAGAUAUCUGCAAUGGCUUCUUACAGGCCAUACCAUCCGCGGCCACAGUCAAGUUUCCGUCCUCCACUGCCAGCGCCGCCGAGUCGAAGUCUUCUUCAGCCUCCGGCACCGCCGCAAACGCAGGGCAAUCCAAAUCCUCAGAACUGGGGCACUUAUAGCGGCAAAGAGGGUUCGGCAUACAAUCAUAACUAUUCACAGAUGAAUCCGAGCUCAAAUUAUCAAAAUGCAUGCUACGGACCAUCAUCCCAACAGCAUUUUAACCAUCCACCAGGAAACCAACCCCCGCCACCGCCUCAACAGCAGCAGUUUCCGUAUCAGCCACCAGCGCUGCCAUCAGAGUCUUCUUCAUACCCACCACCGGUUCCAGCUCAUCCAGCCUAUUACCCACCUUCUCAGUAUUCCCAAUUCAAUCAGCCUCAAUCUUUGCAGCCUCUACAACCAUCACCUCCUCCUCCUCCAUCUCCACCACCACCUCCGCCACCACCGCAGCCCUUGUCUCCUCCCGCACCCCCUUCUUCUGUACUUCCUGCCAGAUUCAGCACAGAGAACAGACAUGCUGGUGAGAAAUCAGGGUAUAAAAAUCUAGAAGCUCCAUCAAACCAACAACAAAAGCCCACCUUGCCGCCUUUUGGCCCAGUUCAAAGAUCAGGUAGGCACGGGCAACCACGUAGGGUUGAGACAGAAGAGGAGAAAAGGUUGAAAAGGAGGGAGUAUGAAAGACUAAGGCAAGAGGAGAAACACAGGCAGCAUUUGAAGGAGUCUCAAUAUAAAGUGCUGCAGAAGACCCAAAUGAUGGCCACUGGGGUGAAGGGCCACGGGUCCAUUAGCGGGUCGCAUAUGGGGGACAGGAGGAGUACUCCAUUACUAAGCGGUGACAGAAUUGAAAACCGAUUGAAGAAGCCAACAACUUUUAUCUGCAAAAUGAAGUUCCGGAAUGAUCUACCAGAUCCGUCUGCAAAGAUGAAGCUUUUGAAUUUUAAAAAUGACCCAGAUCAAUACACCAAAUACACGAUUACGUCGUUGGAGAAGAAUCACAAGCCUCAGCUAUAUGUCGAACCGGACCUUGGGAUACCACUCGACCUUCUUGAUCUGAGUGUAUACAAUCCUCCUAAGGGGGUGAAGUUACCCAUGGAUCCAGAGGAUGAGGAGUUAUUGCAUGAUGAUGAUCCGAUAACCCCAGUUGAGAAAGUCGGCAUAAAAAGGAAAGCAAGGCCCACUGAUAAAGGCGUAUCUUGGCUAGUGAAAACCCAGUACAUAUCUCCUCUCAGUAUGGAGUCAACAAAACAGUCUCUAACUGAAAAACAAGCAAAGGAAUUGCGUGAAUCGAGAGGAGGUCUGAACAUUUUGGAGAAUUUUAACAACAGGGAAGGGCAAAUUCAGAACAUUGAGGCUUCAUUCAAGACAAGCAAGUCAAAGCCUGUUCAUGCAGUCAACCACCAACUUUACCCUAGAAGGAUAUUACCACUUAUCCCUUAUUUUGAGCGGUAUCGUGACCAGUUUGUGGUUGCCAAUUUUGACAGUGCUCCAACAGCUGAUUCAGAAAACUACAGCAAGCUAGACACAGGAGAUUGCGACGAGCACGAACAGCGUGCAAUUAUGAAAAGUUUUAUGGCAUCAAGCUCGAGUUCAGACAGACCUGACAAAUUUUUGUCAUACAUGGUGCCGUCAGUUGGUGAGCUGAAGAAGGAUAUGGAUGAUGAAAACGAAGAUAUCGUUUAUUCAUGUAUCCGAGAGUAUCACUUUGAUGUUCGAGGUGAUGAUGCAGAUGACCCUACGACAUAUCUCUUGGUAUUUGGUGAUUCAGAAGCUAAAUAUCUGCCACUUCCGACAAGGCUCCUUUUAAGGAAAAAGAGAGCGAGGGAAGGAAAAUCAAGUGACACAGUUGAAUACUUUCCUGUGCCUAAAAGGUUGACGGUUAGGAACAGAUCCACUGUUUCUGCCAGAGAAUUGAAAGAUGCCGAGGAUUGUUUAGCUUCAACGGGAAGAUUUGGUGCGGAUGGGAAGGGUGUAAAUCAUCCUGAUGCUGAUGAUCACUAUGGUGGAGCUGAAGAUUAUUUUUCUGAUUAGUUACUCCUUUUAUGCUCUGGACAAUAAACUGUUAUGAAAAAGAAAGCUUUGUAGUAAGAUUUUUUACCUGAAA